AUGGCUACCGAGGUUUCCUCAAAAUUUGAAUUUACCAAUGUCAAGUGCACGACUUUGGAUGCGAAAUUCAAUGACUUUGAAUAUUGCUAUUUAAAAUCGAUUAAUCGAACCUACAAAUAUGUAUCUAUUAAAGCGAAUUUGUAUAAAACGCCAAUAACCAAAUUUAUUGGAGUACUUUUCAAGCGAUUUAAUGGCUACAGACCGUUUAUGUACAAUGUGUCUUUGGAUGCUUGCAGGUUAAGGAAUAAGGACUCCAAUCCGAUGGCAAAAUUCUUCUUUGAGUUCUUGCAAUUCUACUCAAAUAUAAAUCAUACCUGUCCCUUUGAUCAUCCCCUGAUUAUAGAUAAACUACCAUCAAGUUUUGUGAACCAUCAAUUUACAAAGGAUAUACCUUUCCCGGAGGGAGAUUAUCUUCUUGAAACACAUUGGAUUGCCUAUGAUGUUAAACGUGCGAUUGUUAAAUUUUAUGGCACCCUUUCGUAA